AUGGCGCAGGUAGUCGAACUUGACUCUAAGCCUUACUACAUUCGAACGCGAGAUGAGGCUUCUUUGCCAGAAAGCAGUUACACCUACCAAAGUGGGAUCGCACCGGCUGGGACCGGACCGACUGCGACCGCGCCUGUCGUGACCGCCGCGACCGCCGCGACCGCCGUGACCGCGCCUGCCGGGAUCGUACCUGCUGUUGUGGUUCAACUGAAGGACAUGAACUUGUCACUGGGCACGAUCAAGGCAUCUUUGAGACGCUUUGAAGAUAGUGACGAUGUCUUUGACGGCAGUUUUGCCAAGGAUGGAUUUCUGAUCAUCACGCGCACGUCUAUGUGCUCUUCAGCGGCCGAGCUGUCUGAUCAUUCAACCGAUACCAGUUUGAACACACCCGGGGAGGUUCCUACAGAGCUAUCCGACUACUUGAGAGCACGGUCCUUGAUCUUGGUUGUUCUAGAAGACCUCGACCUGCCAGAGGGACCGUACUUUGUGCAGAAUCAAAAAGUCCACCAGGCAUGGCGCAUUCAUCCCGACACUCUGUGUGCAUUCUCUGCAACAGUCAUUCCCGAUGAUACGCACACUGGGGUUGCCCGACAUGGUGAUACACAGCUCUUCCGCUCAUUACAUGGGGCAGUCGGUACCGCUGGGAUUGCUGUUCCAUCACGCCUUUACUUCAGGCGUACUCCAGAGAAGCCUCUUGCCGGGAUGAGGAUCGCCAUCAAGGACAAUAUACACUUGGAAGGCGUAGUCACUAGCCUAGGCAAUCGGGCCUUUGCCGAGCUGUACGGCAAGCAGGGCGAAACAGCAGAGUUCGUCGAGUCACUUGUGAACAAGGGAGCUAUCAUUGUCGGAAAGACGAAGCUGUCUGCCUUUGCGGGAUCCGAAAUCCCUCCCUAUCAGUGCAUCGACUACUUUCCUCCAUGGAAUCCUCGGGGCGAUGGGUAUCAGAAUCCGUCCGGAAGCUCAAGCGGAGCGGCGGCCUCGAUAGCAGGAUACGACUGGCUGGACUUCAGCGUCUGCACUGAUACCACUGGGAGUCUACGAUAUCCAGCCACCAGCCAUGGCGCCUGGGGCGUUCGAGCCAGCUGGCACACAUUACCAAUGGCGGGCAUUGUCCCCAUAUGCCCGAGACUAUUCGAUACGGUUGGACUUCUUGCUCGCAACGUCUCUCAGAUUGAGAAGAUCCUCAGUGUCUCUGGAGUCUCCAGAAACGACAGCAAUUGGCCACAGAGGAUACUCUAUCCCACCGACUGGUUCCCUCAGAGCGAUGAAGGCCAGCAACUCAUGAGCGACGCGUUUGUGAAAGCGCUCGAAGAUCUGUUGGGCGUGACUCACACCAAGAUCUCUAUCACGGACGAGUGGGCCAGAACAUGUCCGGAGGAUCUGCGCGAGAAGUCGCUUUUCGACCUUGAGGAUAUGUCGUAUACCCUAAAUGGCUACGAUGAGUAUCAUGGAUUCGACACAUUCCGAUCCCAGUAUCGCGAGAAGUUCCAGAAGGAGCCGUAUGUGAGUCCGUCACAUAGCGAGAGAUGGAAAAUGGACAAAGAGGAAACCGAACAAGGACGCGAAGCAGCUUCCAAAAUGAUCCCGCUUUUCAGGACCUGGCUUUUCGAACACUUGUUCUCAGUUGGCGAUGACGGUGCUUGUCAAACCAUCAUGGUCGUCCCUCAUGGCCGACCAGGGGCAAACUAUCGCGAUAUGGAGCCCAUAUCCAGUUCAAGUAGCGACAGCAACGACGAUGAUGCUCCCAAUAUAGCCAGCUCAACCAUGAUCACCUCGAUGGCUGGUGCACCUCAGGUCGUUGUCCCAAGUAAGGAUAGUAUGCCCAAUCAGCAGAAGCCCGAGUACUAA